CUGUUGGCGGCGGAGGGCGCCGGGCGGCUGAGAUGGAGGCGGAGCGGGUGGCUGGCAGCGGGAGGCAGAGCUCGCCCGCGCAGGUUGCCGUGCAGGUUGAGGCGGCGGAGGAGCGCUGUCGUUGUGUGUUGCUGCCUUGUCGUCAUAAAACAAGCUUCUCUUCCCUCACCUUUUGCGUGGCCUUGCCUGCCCUUGUUCACCUCACCUCAGCUUGUCUCUCUGACUUUGAUCUCGCCAUCCCGAGUUCGCCGGACACGCCCACGGCCACCACGGCGGCGAUGGAGGGCGCCGUGCUCUGCGCCGCCAACCACGCGCCGCUCACCCCCAUCACCUUCCUCGACCGGGCCGCCCUCGUCUACCCCGACCGCCCCGCCAUCGUCGCCUCCUCCUCUGGACUCACGCGCACCUAGUAGGAGAAGCGGGACCGCUGCCUCCGCCUCGCCGCCUCCCUCGCCGCUCUCGAUGUCCACCGCCACCACGUGGUAAGAUUGACCUUCGCGGUGGCGCCACCAAUCGCUACAAUAAUUGGAUUUUUCUCCCGAAUCUCCCCCUUCUUCAAUUUUUCAUGCUUAAAAAAACCAAAUCGCUUAGAAUUUACUUGUUGAAUCUUCUAAUUUGGUUCCAAAUUAGCAGCUGAGUGAUUCGCAUUUUCAGAAGAAAUCGUUGCCUUGUUGGUUGUCUCUGUGUGCAAGUCGCGGUGUUCACGCAGAAUAUUCCGGUGAUGUGUGAGCUCCACUUCGGCAUCCCGAUGGCCGGCGCCGUCAACUGCAUGCUCAACUCCCGCCUCGACGCUUCCCGAUGCUCUCCGCCGCCGGCAGCACCGCCUGCUCCCGCCCUCGCGCAGCCGCCGCCGUGCUGGUGAGAAGAGAGAGAGAGAGAGAGACAUUGGGAUAGAGUAGAGAGAUAGAAAGGGAUGGAGAACUGACAGGUUUGGCCCACUGAUUUUUUUUUUUAAAAAAAUGCUGACUGGACUGCCACGUGGACCCAAAACCACCCCGGAUUGAGUCAGGGGGGUUAUUUGUCCGGUUUCAAUAGUUGAGGGUGUAGAAUGUCUGGUUUCGAGAUCGAGGGUGUAAUUCGGUCGACCUCAAUAGUUCGGGGGGGGGAGUCAUUCGUACUUUUUCCAUAAAAAAAUAUCAAUUGAAUUUAUAGUGUACUCUUUUUUAUUGUACAAUCUACACCGAGACCUAGAAUUGUUGGAUUAUUUUCAUAAGGCCACGUGCUCCUCCCCACAUACGCCUCGUCGAGUUGUCAUCUUGUAUUCCUAUCAAAUGUAUUGCAUCAACUGCCGCCACCGCUCGAUA